AUGGGUAAUUGUGAAUCAGAGUAACCGAUUCAAAGUUAACAACCUGUUUAAAUUGAUUAAAGUUCAAGUCAUAAUAAAAGAAUCUUUGACCAUAAAGCUGUAGAAAAUGAUGAAUUUAUCAGUAAUAAAGUUCCAGCACCACUAGAUGUUAAUGGUGAAAUUGAAGAUGUAAUUUAUAAUUCAAAAUUUAAAGGAAUUAGAAAAAUUAGAUCCUUAACCAGCAAUUAUUAAUCUACCUCCAUUUAAUUUUGGAGAGAAAAAACAUCUAAAUGCAGAAAGCAGACCAGCAUAUCGAUUAGUUGAUGGAUCCACUUAUGUAGGAGAAUGGGUUGGAGAUUAGAUGACAGGUAAUGGUGUAUUAGAAGGAAAAAAUGGAAAAUAUGAAGGUCAAUUUGAGAAUGGAAGAAAAUAAGGAAGAGGGAGAUUUACUUUUCCUAAUGGAGAAGUCUAUGAAGGAGAUUGGAAAGAUGAUUAAGAGGAUGGAAUAGGAACAUAUUAUUAUUCUUAAGGAACUGUCUAUCAUGGAUAGUGGGUUUAAAAUUAAAAGCAUGGUAAAGGAAGAGAAGUCUUUCCAAAUAGAUCUGAAUAUUCAGGAAAUUUUGAAAAUGGUAUAAAAACAGGACAUGGAGUAUUUAUAUGGUAAGAUGGAACAAAAUAUGAAGGAAGAUUUGUAGAUAAUAAAAUAUGUGGUUAAGGUAGAAUGGAAUAUCCUAAUAAAAGAGUUUAUGAAGGAGAGUUCUUAAAUGGUAAAAUGCAUGGAAAAGGCAAAUUUAGUGUAUUUAUUGAUGAUUUAUCUAAUAAAGUGGCCUGAUGGUAGAAUUUAUGAAGGGGAGUAUUAAUACGAUAAAAAACAUGGUAUCGGAAUCUUAAUUGGAUAGAAUUACAGAUAUGAAGGUGAAUGGAAAGAAGGUAAAAUGGAUGGAAAAGGAACAUUGACCAAAGAUGGAGAAAUAAAAGUUGGACUUUGGCAUGAUAAUAAGUUUGUUAGUGAAAAUCAUUAUUGA